CGUGUUGAGAAAAACGGCGAAUGGACUCUGUUUUGCCCCAAUGAAGCACCAGGGCUAGCUGAUGUUUAUGGCGACGAGUUUGAGGCACUUUACGAAAAGUACGAAAAGGAAGGCAGAGGCAAGAAGACUGUAAAAGCCCAGAAACUCUGGUACGCCAUUCUUGAAGCUCAAACAGAGACAGGAAACCCCUUUAUGCUUUACAAGGACUCUUGCAACAGAAAGAGCAACCAAAAGAACCUGGGCACAAUUCGAAGCUCUAAUCUAUGUACUGAAAUCAUCGAAUAUUGCUCACCAGAUGAAGUUGCGGUUUGCAACUUGGCAUCUAUUGCGUUGCCCACUUUUGUUGAUCCUAUCCGGGGAGAGUAUGACUUCGGCAAACUCCAUGAAGUAACUCAGGUUGUUGUUCGCAAUCUUAACAAAAUCAUUGAUCGGAAUUACUAUCCAGUUGAGGAAGCGAAACGAAGCAACUUCCGCCAUCGUCCCAUUGCUUGUGGUGUACAGGGUCUUGCGGAUGCUUUCCUUGCUCUGCGACUUCCAUUUGAUUCCCCUGAAGCAAAACAGUUGAAUAUUCAAAUUUUUGAAACAAUUUACCACGCAGGAUUGACUGCAUCCUGCGAGUUAGCUAAGGUUGAUGGUCCAUAUUCUACAUAUGAAGGCUCCCCGGUCUCUCAAGGUAUUCUUCAGUAUGAUAUGUGGAAUGUUACUCCAACCGACCUUUGGGAUUGGGAUUCAUUGAAACAAGAUAUUGCAAAGCACGGAAUUCUUGGGUUCAAUGAAUGCUUUGAGCCUUAUACCUCUAAUAUCUACUCUCGCCGUGUUCUUGCUGGUGAAUUCCAAAUUGUCAAUCCAUGGCUCCUGAAAGACCUUGUGGACAUGGGUCUCUGGUCCGACAACAUGAAAAAUCGUAUUAUUGCAGAGGGUGGCUCAAUUCAAAAUAUUCCCAACAUUCCCCAGGAUAUCAAAGCACUUUAUAAGACCGUCUGGGAAAUAUCUCAGCGAACUAUUGUCCAGAUGGCUGCUGAUCGUGGUGCAUUUAUCGACCAAUCCCAGUCGCUAAAUAUCCAUCUUAAGGAGCCCACCAUGGGCAAAAUUACCAGCAUGCAUUUCACUGGUUGGAAACUCGGCUUGAAGACCGGAAUGUAUUAUCUCCGUACAAUGGCUGCCUCUGCUCCAAUUCAAUUUACUGUGGACCAAGAACAACUCAAAGUUGCGGACACGAACGUUGCGCGCGUCAAUGGUGCUCUGAAAAAACGAGGUGGUGUUUCCCCCAGCUCUGCCAGCGCCUACUCCUCUGUUCCUCGUCCCAUGUAUGAUCAAAUACAGGAUGAUGACCAGGCAUCAUCCUUACGUCAAGUGGGCACGAUAACCGUUGACAUUUCCCCAACGCCUCCUGCUUCCCAGAAAAGUACUAGGUUGGCGUCAUCGGAAGGUACGAAGGCACAGGCCAAUGGAUCUGGUGAUUCGACAAAACAAGAGACCGACGGCGAGGGGGAGACCGAGACGGAUAUAUAUUCGCAAAAAGUUAUUGCUUGCAGUAUCGAAAACCCAGAAUCCUGUGUGAUGUGCAGUGGUUAA